UCUCAAUUAUAGCAGAAGUAAGAUGUUGAAUAAAGAUAUCCACAUGGCUUGGUAAAUGACCGAUUGUCCCCACCCACCACACACCAACCACUACUUUUUAUAAAGAAUAAUGUCUCAAUUAGUCCUUUUUUUUCAUAGCUUGAUUACAGAAUUAACUCUCCAGGCCAGGACAUCCUAAUUAACAUUGAUUAGCUAAGUUCCAAAAAUAACAAGAGCGAAAAAAGCAAACAUAGCUACAUCAAAACCAAAGCUUGUCUUAGCCACCAUUUCCACCUCUCCUAACUCAUAUCCAUUCUUGAGCAAUUCCAUCUUGCCAGUUUAAUUUCUUACGUCUUCUCCGUUCAGCAAUAUGUCCAGUGAUCACAUUUCUGAUGAUCCAAAAAGCCCACUUCUCCCUGUCAAUGAUCCGAUCGAGCCGUUACCAAGCUCACCCUUCUCUCUCCAAUCCUUACUCACAAUUAAACUUUUCUACGUCCUGUUAGGACCCCUUUCGUGUGCCAUCAUCUGCCUCUGUGUCAAGCUUGAUGGCCCUGUGACAAGCCGGAGCAUGUUAGCGGUUCUGGCAUGGGUGUUUUCUUGGUGGCUCACUGAGGCUGUGCCGAUGCCAGUUACCUCCCUAGCACCUCUUUUUCUAUUUCCUCUCUUUGGAAUUGCUUCUGCCGACACUGUUGCCCACUCUUAUAUGGAUGAUGUGAUUACUCUUGUUCUGGGUAGCUUCAUACUUGUUCUUGCUGUUGAACGAUACAACAUUCAUAGAAGAUUGGCCUUAAAUAUCACUUUGCGGUUCUGUGGGGAUCCAGUGAAUCCACCUCUCCUCUUACUCGGCAUCUGUGCCACGACAGCCUUCGUCAGCAUGUGGAUGCACAAUGUGGCCUGCGCUGUGAUGAUGAUGCCUGUGGUGACUGGGAUCCUACAGCGCCUACCUAAGGGCCCUAACCAGUCCAUCCAUGUUAGCAACUUCCGUCGGGCUGUGAUUCUCGGGGUUUCAUACGCCGCUCCCAUAGGGGGGAUGAGCACCCUCACCGGGACAGGUGUCAACUUGAUAUUGGUUGCCAUUUGGAAGAGUUCCGUCCCAGAAGCUAAGCCAAUCGGUUUCAACACGUGGUUCUUUUUCGGUUUUCCCUUGGCUUUGUUGAUUUUCUUCGCUUUGUGGGCCAUACUCUGUCUAUUGUAUUUGUCUAGGGGUUCUAGCCAGGUCCUCUCUGCCUACUUGGACAAAGCCCAUCUCAAGAGAGAACUGGACACGUUAGGUCCAAUAGCUUUCGCUGAGAAGAUGAUUUUAGCUCUGUUUGCGGUGCUGACCGCUUUGUGGAUGACCAGAAACAUAACAGAAGACAUUCCCGGAUGGGGAGCUCUUUUCCAUGGUCGUGUAGGCGAUGGAAGUGUCAGUGUUAUGAUGGCUACCCUUUUGUUCAUAAUUCCAAACAAGAAGCAAAAGGGGGAGAAAUUGAUGGACUGGAACGAAUGCAAGAAGCUACCAUGGAACAUUAUUUUGUUACUAGGUGCUGGUUUUGCCAUAGCUGAUGGCGUCCAGUCUAGUGGACUUGCUGAUGUGUUAUCAAAAACUUUAGAUUUUUUGGAACAGGCUCCAUACGUAGCCAUUGCCCCUGCAGUCUGUCUCAUUAGUGCCAUAAUCACUGAAUUCAUAACAUCAAAUGAUGCUGCCGCAACCCUCUUGCUUCCACUUCUGAUUCAAAUGGCAAAAACCAUGCAUGUCCACCCGCUACUACUUAUGAUUCCGGGAGCAGUUGGAUCACAAUUCGCUUUUAUGCUCCCAACUGGAACUCCUACAAAUAUUGUUGGGUUCGCAACAGGGCAUAUUGAUAUCCAAGAUAUGAUCAAGACAGGACUGUCGCUUAAGAUUGCAGGCUUGGCAAUUUUAUCCUUCCUAAUGCCUACGCUUGGUGCUUAUGUUUUUGGUACAAAGGAAGGAGUUCAAUAGCUGCAAGACAAACUGUGUUAUAUUGUGACGUUUGUUAGCUAAAUAUAGUAAAAUUUAUUGACACUAUAGGCAUAGGUCCAGCACGAGUUCUGCACCAGUAUUGGAUGAAGGUACCGUUUGCUGGGUUGGCAGGCUCAGUAUGUUCCAACAGAAGUGAGCGAUCACAAGAGGAAUGGGGAGAAUUCUUGAAUGUCUUCUUUUCAUCAAUACUUACCCUCCUCGUUUUGCUUCUUACGUAUUUCAUUUGUUAUUCAUUUUCUACAGAAAAUGCUUGUGCUUUUAGUGAUAACCACCCUGAAUUGUGUUGGUAGAAAAUGGCCUCAGAAGAAAACUAAUCAAGGUUUCAGUCAAAGCAGAAGAAAAUUUCACCAUAACUCAAAAUGACAUCAAAACAGAAUUGCUUAUCAGUCUUGAGCACUGAGCAGGACCUCAGAUCGAAUCCAAGCAUUAUUCAUGUCUCUCCUUGAGAGGGAUUUCUCUCGUUCAUUAUGCAUUCAGAGCUGCAGUAAUACAUGUGCUGAUGAUUGCUGUAGCCUGUGUUUGCCUUAACUUCUAAUCUACUAACUCACGAGGGAUUAAUAGCCCUUGCCAGACAAGUAAGCAUCUCAUCUCUCUUUUGAACUUCGAAUAGGAAUUUUUGGAACCAUCUAUGUCAGUCAUAUAUGGCCUGAUUCUCUUUAUCCAAACCUUUCUUUAACCCUUUGAAUUAUAAUAUGUGAAAUAUUGUACCAUAGAAUAGAGGCAUGGACAUAGUUUUUUUUUUUUUGCUA